ACGACCAAGUCGGACACAUUUCCCCGAUGCACAGCGACUGUCAUGCACAGAAACAACGUUAGCGUUGACAUUCACUGACCUUAUAGUUUCUCUGUUUUGUUUCUAUUCAAUGUUGUUGUGAUUUGGGUCUGACACGGAGGGUUGAAUCUUUUUGACGGUGUCGGUUCAUUUCUCACGGACUCCCGUCAGCCCACCACCAUGCGUCUCACGCUGCGAGCGUUGGUCUCCCACGGGCGGUUGGCUCGGAGGAUGGGCCUGGGUCCCGAGUCCAGAAUCAACAUGCUGCGGAACAUCUUAACUGGACUGGUGAGGCAUGAGAGGAUUGAAACCACGUGGGCCCGGGCCGAUGAGGUCCGCUUCUACGCCGAAAAGGCCAAAAAGGGAGACGUUGAUGAAAAGGCGAUGAAAAUGGCUUCUUUUUGGCUGACAGAAAAGGAUCUAGUCCCGAAGCUGUUUAAGGUCCUGGCUCCACGGUUUGAGAACCAUUCUCAGGGGUACACACGGAUGGCUCGCCUUCCUAACAGGGAGAACCUGGACAGAGCCAAGAUGGCCGUUCUGGAGUACAAAGGGAACCCCUUUCCGCCUCUUUAUCCUGUGAAAAGGGAGAAUGAAUUGACUCUCAUCAACCAGCUGCUCAAAGGCUACAGAGAAGAGAAGACAAAGGAGCUGACUGCAAAGAACAAUUGAUUUCCAAAUGGUGAUAAACUGUUGCAAAGUGACUUGAGCAUUUCUUUAGAAGAAAAACGGCUCAUUUAGUCACCAAAGAACAGUUCUUUGAAACAAUACUGGACUGAGUGCGAAUUAAUAAAUGUUAUUUCUUAAAAUAACGUUUUUCUAAUGA